GGCGACAUCCUCUGUCAUAGUGCUCGCAGCCCCGCCGUCCUUGCGCUUGACCGCGGGCGCCGUCUUCCCGCGCCGAGGCCGCCAUCUCCUCCACCUGACCUCAAAUUCCACGGACCCUUCCACCAGGACGAAAGCUACGCCCUGAGAAGCAUCGCCGCUCUACCCGAGCCCCUCCCGCGUACAGCUUCCACCGGAGCCAAGAUGGCGGCUGGUUCUGGUAUGAGUUGCUAAAACCAUGGUGAAAUGUUGCUCGGCCGUUGGAUGUGCUUCUCGCUGUUUACCGAAUUCCAAGCUAAAAGGACUGACAUUUCACGUAUUCCCCACAGAUGAAAACGUCAAAAGAAAAUGGGUAUUAGCAAUGAAAAGACUUGAUGUGAAUGCUGUAGACACUUGGGAGCCUAAAAAAGGAGAUGUGUUGUGUUCAAGGCACUUUAAGAAGACAGAUUUUGACAGAAGUGCUCCAAAUAUUAAACUGAAACCUGGAGUCAUACCUUCUAUCUUUGAUUCCCCAUCUCACUCACAGGGGAAAAGACAAAAGCUUCAUUGUAGGAAAAACUUCACCCUCAAAGCCCUUCCAGUCACAAACCAUAAUCACCAGCUUGUUGGUGCUUCCUCGUGUAUCGAAGAAUUCCAGUCCCAGUUCAUUUUUGAACAUAGCUACAGUGUGAUGGACAGUCCAAAGAAACUUAAGCAUAAAUUAGAUCAAGUGAUCAGCGAGCUAGAGGAUACCAAGAAAAGUCUGCAGAAUGUUUUAGGCCGACAAAGACAUUUACAAAAAUCACUGAGGAAGACAAUCAGGGAAUUAAAGGAUGAAUGUCUUCUCAGCCAAGAAACAGCAAAUAGACUGGAAGCUUUCUGUUGGGAGUGGUGUCGGGAGAGCAUAGAACAAGACUAUAUUUCAUGAAAUAAUUUCAUGUUAUGUUCUACCUAAAAUUGUUAUUGGUACAGCUUUGCAGAAAAUGAUUACCAUCAUUAAAUAAUAUCCGUCAUUUAGAGUCCUUCUUUGGAUCCUCCGCAGCAUUACGCAUUAGUGUUAUUAUCCAAAGGCUUUUUUUUUUUAAAGAUGUGCAGAAAUUUGUGCUGGUUCUCAUGUUUUUGGGUGACUUGUGACAAUUAUGUUUUUAUAGACCUAAACUAGUGCCAGGUUACUAUUGUAAGAUGUUAAAAGAUCAAGAAGAUUCUGUAGGACUAAGGAAAUGAUUUCAAAUCAGCCACAUUAGGCUGUAAUAGUAGAAACUGGACACUUUAGCAGCAUCAGAUUUUUGGCUUCAAAGGAGUACCUUUGCUUAUGUAGGUUUUAUGGUAAGUAUGUUGAAUUGUACUUUAACUGUAUUUUACCACAAAGCAGAAUUCAUUUAUAACACAUGUCCAUCUUGGAUCCAAUCCAAGGUGCUUUUGUUAUCAGUAAUACCAAAAGAUCUUUUUACAGGGCAUCCCAUGGUACUGACCUUGAGAACAACAUAUGGUGCAGAUCUUUUGGCUUUUAAAGUUGUUCAGAGCCAAGUUAAGAAGACCCCUGAUGAGGUCUUGUUUUUUUGGUACAGUACAUCAUUUCUCCUCACUAGGAGUACUUUGAUGUAAACCAGCAUAGCUUUAACAAAUUUUUAAAGAGGGUCAUAAAUCUGAUUAUCAAAUGGUUACUCUGACAGUUCUGAACAGUUUGUUUCAUGACUGUUAUUUCAUCAUAAAGGUAUAUCUUCAAAAUCUGAAUGCCAGUAGUAACUGGAUACUUUCAAUGCUGUUUUGUAUUUUACAGAAAGUAGUGUUACUAACAUUUUUUAAAAUACGAAAUACAGAAGAAACCAUUAAAAAUAAUGAUGUGGCUUUUCUAGUUAAAAUAGGAAUUGGAGAGAGAGUUAUAAUAUUUUCCUGUAAUUAGGAGAGUAGAUUACUAUCCAAGAGUUUUAUUUAGAGAAAUAGAUAAGUAAACAGCAAUUUUAGAAUAGCUUCUUACUGAAUUUACAAAAGAAUAACUCUUAGUUAUUUUCUGAUUAAUCCAAGGGUCAGAAAUUUAGGUUUAUCUCCCAAUUUCUUAGUAAAAACAACUGAAAUGAAGAGUCAUAAACACUGUGGAUCAGAAUAAAAUUACUAGCCCAAAGCCAAAUUCUACUUUGAAGCAUGUGUACAUUCAUGAACUUCAUUCACACGUCCAUGCUAUAAUAGUUACAAUUUGAAUAUCAGUUAUUUCAAUGUGUUAACUAGAAAUGAGCUGCAUUUUUUGCCAAUGUUUAUUGUAAUUUUAUUUGUGUUAUAUUAAUAUCAGUAAGGAUAUGGUCACUUGAAUUUUUUUAUAUUUAAGAAUUUUCUGUUUUAAUGCACAUUACAUUUUUAUGUAGGAUUCCAAACCUUCCCUCUAAAUGGGAUUUUACCCACAUUUGAAAGAUUAGCAUUAUGCUAAGAAGAAAUCACGGAGGUCUUAUCUUUUUACUACCUUAAAAAAAACUCAUUACCUACCCAUUAUUUAUUUGAGUUAUUUAAUUUUGAAUUCAUAGUAGACACUCUAAUGGGAAGUUUGGGUAUGAUCUUAAGUUUUAUGGAGAUUCUGUGAUAGAGCUGGAGACUCUUUCCCUCAACCUGAUUUUGAGUAAAAAAAAAAUUAGUCAGUGGACAGUGGAGAAGACUAAGAGGAUAGAUCCAAGCACAGUAUGUCCAAAUCCUAGAUCUCUACUGGCUGCUUAGAAUAAAUCAAUCCGAGAAGACCUUUCCAAGAAUCCGUUCCCAGUUUCUGCCACUAUCGUCACAGUUGCCGCAGUCACUUCUACUACUAGUGUUCACAGUGAACUCAGUUUUUGUCUUCUGUUUUGUUGGUCUUAGUAUCAUCGAGAGAGAGAGAACUGUGGGCAAAGUAUUGGUAUCAUCAAGAACCCAGAGCUGCCCACUUGCCAUUUAUUUUUAUGGAGAAAUGAUGACCAAUAGAUAGAAAUCUGACAUAAGAGAUAGGGUCCUCCCCACCUGCCACCCAAACAAAUGCCUGAACAUGGUACAUCCCUCAGUCCACUGUUCCCAGAGGUUCCAGCUUAGCCUGAGAAGGAACUGUCCUGUGCAGAGCAGAGCCAGUCAUCCCCCAUCCAGAGGUUCCUUAAGCAGCCAAGGCCAACCUAAGGAUAUCACUUCGCUUUCAAGCUUGGAAUAGCCUCUGGAUCCUGGAACAAACCCAACCUCAACACCAAAUCAGGUACAACCUGAUUGUACCUGAUUGUACCUGUACCUCUGGAUCCUGGAACAAACCCAACCUCAGCACCAAAUCAGGUACAAAGGACGUGAUAUGGCAUUUUUCUCCAUAUCAAGUUUAAAUUUCUGGAAAUAGAUUUUGGUUGCUAAAGAUAAUCACAAUUAUACCAUAGUCAUUCAUUUGAG